GCCACCCAAUACAAACAAACCAACCCCACGACCAUUUACACCCCCACACCCGUCCGCCCCCCACUCUCCGACUCUGUCGGUGGCUCUCUCCUUUCUUAUCUCGCACAAGCAAGCCCCUACUCCCACCCAAUAAGGGGAAAAGGGGACGACGAGGACGCGGAGGAGCAACAAACCCUAACGUCCGUUCCCUCAUUCCUCGACGCUCCGAGGCUAGGGAGAUCUAGGGUUAGGGUUAGGAGGGCUAGGGUUUGCGCCGUCGUUGUUGUUGCGAAGAAGAUGAGGGAGAUCAUCAGCAUCCACAUCGGCCAAGCCGGGAUCCAGGUCGGCAACGCGUGCUGGGAGCUCUACUGCCUCGAGCACGGCAUCCAACCCGAUGGGAUCAUGCCGAGUGAUACAUCGGUUGGAGUGGCCAAUGAUGCUUUCAACACGUUCUUCAGUGAGACUGGUGCCGGCAAGCACGUGCCGAGGGCCAUCUUUGUGGACUUGGAGCCCACCGUCAUAGACGAGGUCCGCACCGGAACUUACCGCCAGCUCUUCCACCCAGAGCAGCUUAUCUCCGGCAAGGAGGAUGCGGCCAAUAACUUCGCUCGUGGCCACUAUACUGUUGGGAAGGAGAUUGUCGAUCUCUGCCUUGAUCGUGUGCGGAAGUUGGCGGACAACUGCACUGGCUUGCAAGGCUUUCUAGUCUUCAAUGCUGUUGGUGGUGGUACUGGAUCUGGAUUGGGGUCUUUGCUGUUGGAACGAUUAUCUGUGGAUUAUGGGAAAAAAUCCAAGCUUGGUUUCACCAUCUAUCCUUCCCCACAGGUUUCCACAGCUGUUGUGGAGCCCUACAACAGUGUCCUUUCCACUCAUUCCUUGCUCGAGCACACAGAUGUCGCAGUUCUCUUGGACAAUGAGGCCAUCUAUGAUAUCUGCCGUCGAUCCCUUGACAUUGAGAGGCCCACUUACACCAACUUGAACCGUCUGAUCUCUCAGAUCAUUUCUUCAUUAACCACAUCUCUAAGGUUUGAUGGAGCCAUUAAUGUUGAUGUUACCGAGUUCCAGACUAACCUCGUGCCCUACCCCAGAAUCCAUUUCAUGCUCUCCUCCUAUGCCCCUGUCAUAUCUGCCGAGAAGGCAUACCAUGAGCAGCUCUCGGUGCCCGAGAUCACGAAUGCUGUUUUUGAACCUUCGAGCAUGAUGGCUAAAUGUGAUCCCAGGCAUGGCAAGUACAUGGCAUGUUGCUUGAUGUAUCGUGGUGAUGUCGUUCCAAAGGAUGUUAAUGCUGCUGUUGCAACCAUUAAGACCAAGAGAACUGUCCAGUUUGUCGACUGGUGUCCUACCGGUUUCAAGUGCGGGAUCAACUAUCAGCCACCAACUGUGGUCCCUGGAGGUGACCUUGCCAAGGUGCAGCGUGCCGUGUGCAUGAUCAGCAACAACACCGCAGUCGCCGAGGUCUUCUCGCGAAUCGACCACAAGUUUGAUCUCAUGUACGCCAAGCGGGCUUUCGUGCACUGGUACGUUGGCGAGGGGAUGGAAGAAGGGGAGUUCUCCGAGGCGCGCGAGGACUUGGCCGCGCUCGAGAAGGACUACGAAGAAGUCGGAGCGGAGGGUGCGGAUGACGAGGGCGAAGAAGGCGAGGACUUCUGAGCUGUGUUGUGGCGUGCAGUUAGAAGUGUUGUUAGUGAUUGGUUUGUGCAGUAUGUAUACUUUCUCUCUGUUUGUCGCUUUGUUUCGUGCAGCAGAUUGUAUUGUUGUCUUCCUUUGUUUAUGUGCUGUCCGUCCUGGCUCAACAUACUGAGUGAUUGUUGAUAUUUCUUCUGCUUAUUUGUGGUUUGGCAGAGUACUGAUUGUGCUAAAAUGUGUUUUUCUUGUCUUUUCUUUGCUUUGUUCAUUA